ACUAUCAAACAAAAGUUCCGCGUUUAUUUACAUUCAUCACGUUUCACGCUUCAACUCAACUUAUUCCACUUAAACGUAAAUUAAUACAAAACCAAAACUUUUAAAAUAGUGUUCAACCGACAGCAGUAAACUAUCAGUAUGAAUUUUGCAAUCGAGUCCGUUUCCAAAUGUUCUGGUCGCUUGGGAAAGUUGAACAUAAAGAAUGCGUUCUCCAAUGUAACGCUUCCCACGCCGGCACUUGUUCUUCAUAGUAAGGGCGGCAGUGUUCCAUUUCUGUCCAAGGAGGUGCUCCAGUAUUUGACCUCAGACCCGCCUCCGAUGUUGCAUUCCCUGACCAACACCGAUCACAUGGAGGAAGCAAUCCGCGCUUGCGGCGAAGGAAUUUCCAGCUUCGUGGGUCAGAAGGAUUCGAUUUCUUUGCUGGUUCUGAAAGACCCGGCCGAACUGUGUAAGCCGAGUUUCCACGAGAAGGAUUUCGUGCCGAUUUUCAGCAGAAGUGGUCGGAAAAAUUUUACAUCCGAACGGUACAUGCAACUGGUGGAAGCCUUCAAGCCGGACGUUUUUGUGCCACUGUUCGAUGGUGACACGGAUCCGGAGAGUUCGAAGAAACGACUGCAGAAGUCAUUGGACCGGACGGAAAAGUUCGUGGAGCAAUGCAUAGAAGCACACCGGAAGUCGACCAACCUAAAGCAGUCCAGUUUGCUGGGACCCAUCGUAGGAGGGUACAACUUGAAGUUACGAAAAGAGUCGGUGAAAUUCUUGGAGCCAUUCAAGGACGAUCUAGGGGGAUACGUGAUAGCGGGUCUCCAUUCUAAUGGCUCAUCAGCCGGAGAUCUGAAGGAAAGCAAUCUCCUGGAAGUGGUUUCUCACGCGUGUCAACUUUUACCGGCCGAUAAAGCUCGAUUCAUGUUUGGAGCGUUUAGUCCUGGGAUCGUUCUGAAAUUGGUUUCCAAUGGAAUCGACGUGUUGGACACAAGUUAUGCUUAUUUGAAAACCCAGCAGAACCGGGCACUGACUUUCAGUUUCGAUGUCCACGAGAAAGACGUCGAAAGUCGAGAAACUGAACUGGACGUGAGGGAUCCCAAGUGGACGGAGGAUUUCAACGGGUUUAUCGAAUCAUGUAGUUGCCUAGCGUGCACCAAACAUACAAAAGCCUAUGCGCAUCAUUUGUACAACACACGGGAGAUGCUGGGACCCAUCAUACUUAUGAUACACAAUCUACAUCACUAUCUUGAGUUCUUCAAGGCGAUUCGGAAACAUGUCAAAGAGGAUACCUUGAGCUUGCUAAUAGAGCAUCUGCAAAAACAGAAGGACGCACCAUUGUUCGAGGAAACGAGCACAGAUAAGGCCAAAUCGGAUCUGAUGGACUCCGGUGAUAAUGUUACCAAGAAACUUAAGGUUUAAUAAAACAUUAUUAACUGUUA